AAGAAAAAAGAGAAAGUGCUAUAGGCUGUCUGCUUUGGGGACUGGGACGCAGCUUGUAAACCUGGGCAUGGUCUCCUUUGGCUAAACGUAUGUUGUUAAUCUUCAAGGCUUUAUGAGAAACAGGACAAGACUCAGACAGAUCUGUUGCCAUGGUGGAUCUUUUAUUGAGCUGUUUUUUCAGGUAAAAGUGUUUUGUUUUUUGCCAUUGGUGCAACAGGAGGGCAUGCAAGGAUCUAAAGAAAACACCUGUCUAUGUUGAAGUUGUAGGCCUUCUGUGAUAACUGUGGUAAAAAGCAAUCAAGAUUCCCCAAUCACACAAGAGCAGGAGGCAUGGGAGACAAUAAACCUGGAGGAAUAGUAGCUGCUGCAAAGAACCGUCUGCAAGUGGUGAAGGGCUUGGAGGAUGUGGAGGUGUCUGAGUGUGAGAGCUGCUCCUUUGAGGUGACCCUCAACCUGGCCUAUAUUGAGGGUGUGUGGACCAGAGACGGGAUGCAGCUUAAGUCCAAGCCCAACUGUCGCAUCAGCACACAUGGGAAGAAACACUCCCUCAUACUGAACCGGGUGGCUUUGGCAGAUGCAGGCCUGUUCUCUUUUCAGGCCAACGGUGUUCAGACCUCAGGCAGACUCAGCGUCACGGCUAGGGACAUCCAGAUAGUGAAGGAGCUGGAGGAUGUUGACACGAUUGAGCGUCAACACGUGAACUUCCUGUGUGAGGUCAACCAGGUUGAUGUGGAUGGUCGGUGGUACAGAGAUGACUGCCGAAUUCGACCUGGGGACAACAUCAAGAUCAGACAUCAGGGUAAAACUCACACCCUGUUCUUCAAGUCAGUCAGGCCAGAACAUGCUGGAGAGAUCAGAUUUACUGCAGAGCGUGUCUCAUCAUAUGCAACUCUCACAGUAAAAGAGCUCCCAGUCCAAAUAGUGCGUCCUCUGAGGGUCAAGAUAGCCAUGUAUCACCACCGGGGUCUGCUGGAGUGCCAUGUGUCACGGCCUAAUGCUCAGGUCAGGUGGUACAAGAACAGGAAGGAGCUCCUGCCCAGUAAGAAGUACCAACUAAUCAGCCAAGAUAUCUACAGGCAGCUGACCAUCGAUGACGUCUGCUCUUCGGAUGAGGACACCUACACUUGUGAUGCAGGAGAUGACAAAACCUCUUGUCAGCUUCUGGUGGAGGAGCAGGCUAUCAGCAUAGUGCGGGGGAUGCGCUCAGUGGAGGUGAUGGAGCCAGAGCCAGCACUGUUCCAAGUGGAGACCAGCCUGAAAUCAGGGAGGCCACCCCGGUGGACCCUGAACGGUGAAGUGCUGGAGCCCAGCAUAGCAGUGAACAUUGACAGAGAGGGCACCCUCCACAGCCUCUGUCUCACCUCCACAGAAAGCUCCAUGUCUGGCCCUGUUCUCUUUGUAGCUGGCAAGAGUCGUUCCACUGCUCAGCUCACUGUCAAAGAGCGACCCCUUCAAGUUGCAGACCACUUGGAUGAUGUAGAGGUGAAAGAGAACAGCUCUGUGACUCUGAGCUGUAAGUUUGCCCCCUCUCCCAGGGUGGUGCGGUGGUUUAAAGGUCGUACGGCUCUGAAAACCUCAAACAAGUACAGCAUGAAGAGAGAAGGGAAACGAGCAGAGCUGACCAUUCAUGGCACGACAGCGAUGGAUGCAGGACAGUACCGCUGCAUGGCUGGAGGUUCACAGAGCUCAGCACAUGUUAGAGUAGAAGUGCGAACACUGAAGUUGGUUAAACACCUUGAGCCAGUGGAAAUUGAGGAGGAUGGCAUUGCCACAUUCUCAUGUGAGCUCAACUAUGUGGUUGCCAACAUGGAGUGGCUCCUCAACAAUGUUCGCCUCUAUUCCAACGCCAUCAACAGGAUCCAGCACAUGGGCACUAUGCACAGCCUCACAAUCAAGAAGCUGCGGCCACAGGAGAGCAGGGUCACCUUCAAAGCAGGCCUUCUCUCUGAGACAACCACCUUAAAGGUCAAAGAGCGCCCAGCAGUGUUCCUGAGGUCACUGGAGGAUGCAGUUGGAGAAGAGCAAGGGGAAGUCUGUCUGCAGUGUGAAAUUUCCAAAGAGACAGUGACCCCUGUUUGGAGAAAGGAUGACAUGGUUCUGACCGCAGAUGAUAAACACGAAUUACUUCAGUUUGGGAAGUCCAUAGCACUGAUUAUCCGUUCCCUGAGCAAGGAUGAUGCUGGACAGUACAUCUGUGACCUGGGCACCAGCCAGACCAAGGCUAAAGUUACUGUACAUGACUUACACAUCACUAUUGUUCAGCGUUUGAAGACAACAUCUGUCCUGGAAGGCGAAAGCUGCACUUUUGACUGUGAGCUCUCUCAUGAUCUUGAUGAUGAGCCUUCAUGGACCAUCAAUGGCCAGGUGGUGGUCACCAAUAGCCGUAUCCAGGUUAUCAACAAUGGUCGCAAGUAUAAGUUGACCAUUAGAGAUGCUAUGCUGACCGACGCUGGAGACGUGGUGUUUACAAUUAAAGACCUGAGCUGUAGGACCAUGCUCUUUGUUAAAGAAAAGCCAGUGCACAUCUUCAGGGACCUGUUGAAUGUCAAAGCGGUGCCGGGUGAGGAUGCAGAGUUGAGCUGUGAGAUUACCAAACCAGACGUCAUCAUACAUUGGCUGAAAAAUGGCCAUUUGAUUAGGCAGAGCCCUAAGUACGAGAUGAGUGUGGAGAAGAACCUGGCGCGAUUGGUUAUCAAGAAUACCACCAUCAGAGACUCUGGAGAUUACUGCUGUGAGGCCGAAGGCGUUGCCUCGCGUGCCAAGCUGGAGAUCAGAGAACUCCAGCACACAUUUGCGAGGGAGUUAAGGGACACACGAGCAGAGGAAAAGGGUAAAGUUACCCUGGAGUGUGAGACCAGGCGGCCAGCCAAGCGGGUGACCUGGCUGAAGGGCAUGGUGGAGCUGAGGUGUGGUAGGAAGUACGUCAUCAGGCAGAAGGGCGUGGUGCUGUCCUUGACCAUCACCUGUCUGGAGAAGUCGGACACAGAUAUUUACAUAUGCGAUGUUGGUACCAUGCAGAGCCGGGCACAGCUGACUGUGCAGGGUCAGAAGGUGUUGAUCCUGGAUGAAUUGGAAGAUGUUGAGUGUCUUGAGGGCGACACUGUCACAUUCAGGUGUCGAAUUUGUCCCAGUGACUACAUUGGAGUCAAGUGGUAUCUGGACGAGACCCUGCUGUACACCAAUCAGCUCAAUGAGAUCCAGAUGGUGCCUGGAGGCUACCACACACUCACAUUUAGACAGCUCGCCCGCAAAGACACUGGCACUAUCUCGUUUUCAGCAGGGGACAAACGAUCGUAUGCCUCACUGUUGGUCAGAGAGAGGCGUCCCACCAUCAUUAAAGCACUGGAAGACUGUGAGGCUAUUGAAGGUGGUGGUUUGGUUUUGUCUUGUGUGACCUCCAAGCCAUGUCACAUCCUGUGGUACAAAGAUGGCUGUCUGAUGUGGAACUCCUCAAGGUAUUUUGCCAGUCGUUCCGGCUGUGAGGCUCGGCUGACGAUUCGGGAGGUCUGCAAUAACGAUGCCGGAGUGUAUGAGUGCAGUGCUGGAUCUGUUACAACUAGAGCCGUGGUAACUGUCAAAGCCAUCCCAGCAGAGUUCACCCACCCUCUAAUGACUGUGGAGGCCAAAGAGGGGGAGACUGUGACCCUGACCUGUGAGUACUCUCUGCCUGGGGUCCAGUUCCACUGGAGGAAAGGUUUUGAGUGUAUCAGGCCUGGAGACAAGUACGUGAUGAAACAGAGGAAGACAAUCAAUUCCCUAACCAUCAAAGCACUAAAGCCUGAGGACUCAGGAGAAUAUACCUGUCAGUGCAGAGAUCACCACACUACAACAAGCCUCAAAGUGCAUGCUAUUCCCAUUACAUUUACACAGCAGUUAAAGAACAUGCAAGCAGAGGAGGGAAGUAAUGUCAUGUUGCGCUGUGAGCUGUCUAAACCUGGAUUUCCAGUAGAAUGGAGGAAGGGACAUGAGCUGUUGAAAAACGGGGUUAAGUUCCAGAUAAGGAAAAGGGAAACCACCCUGGAGCUCCUGAUAUGGAAGCCAGUGCCUGAAGACAGUGGGGUCUACAGCUGUGUGUGUGCUGAUCAGAUGACAUCUGCCACUGUCAAAAUCACUGAUCUCCCAGUCACCUUCAAGCAGAAGCUGAGGAACGUGCUGAUUGAGGAGGGCAACACUGCGACUUUACGCUGUGAGCUCUCAAAACCUGGUCACAGUGUGGAAUGGAGGAAGAGGGGCAAUGAACUCAUCAGCAAUGGAGAGAAAUAUCACAUGCGACAUAGAGACAUGCUGAUUGAACUGAAGAUCUUUGAUGUAGCACCUGAGGACAGCGAUAUCUACACAUGCAUCUGUGGAAACAUAGAGACCACUGCAACUCUGACUGUUAACGCUCUUCCUGUCACCUUCAAGCAAAAGCUGAAGAACCUCCAAGUGGAGGAAGGACAUAACAUAACGCUGUACUGUGAGAUCUCUAAACCUGGUGUCUCAGUGGAGUGGAGGCUUGGAGGAGAUCUGUUGGAGAAUGGAGACAAGUACCAGAUUAAGCAGAGAGAAUCGGCCCUGGAGUUGAUCAUCAGAGAUGCUGAUCCAGAGGACAGCGGGGUCUACACCUGUGUGUGUAGAGAGCAGAGGACAAAGGCCACUGUAAAAGUUAUCGCUGUUCCUGCCACAUUUAAAGUGAGCCUGAAGAGCCAGGAGGCUGAAGAAGGGAACAGUGUGACAUUACGCUGUGAGCUGUCAAAGAAGGGAGUCCCGGUGCAGUGGCAGAGAGGUGCUCAGGUGCUGUCUGAGGAGAUAUUUCGAGGAAAGUAUCAAAUGAAGCUGGACGGAAAGACAGCUCAGAUGACCAUUCUCAAUGUCCUACCAGAGGAUGCAGGGAAGUACAGCUGCAUCACAGGAGAUGAGAAAACCACAGCUGAAGUCAAAGUGAAACCACUUCCUGUGACAUUCAAACGAGAGAUCCAGGCCCUGGUCGUGAAAGAAGGGGACAGUGGAGUUCUCUGCUGUGAGCUCUCCAAACCUGGAGCUCCAGUGGAGUGGAAGAAAGGCAGAGUGAUCCUGAAGCCUGGAGAGAAAUAUGAGAUGAAGCAGGAGGGACGUCUCACUAAACUGGUCAUCAACAACGUAGAGGAGGGCGAUGCUGGGAAAUACACCUGCAAGACUAAAGACAGCCAAUCAACUGCUGAACUCACCGUCCAAGGUUUACCACCAGGUUUUAAGCUGCCACUAGUUAACCAGGAGGUGACGGAGAGCAACAGUGUGGUUCUGCGCUGUGAGCUGAACAAACCUGCCCCGUCGGUGGAGUGGAGGAGAGCAGGAGAGCUGUUGAAAAAUGGAGACAAAUACCAGAUGAGGAAGAAAGACCUGCAAGUGGAGAUGAAGAUUGCAGACCUCAGUCUGGACGACACUGGAGAUUAUACCUGUAUGUGUGGAGAACAAAAGACAACAGCUACAGUCAUUGUGAAUGAACGGCCCAUCAAAUUCCUUCAAGAACUCAAGAAUAUUCAGGUGCAGGAGGGUAACGGAGUGACACUCUGCUGCGAGCUCUCCAAACCUGGCACAUCAGUGCAGUGGAAGAAGGGAGACGACGUGUUGACCAACGGAGAGAAAUACCAAAUGAAGCAGAACGGCUCCACACUGGAGCUCCUCAUCAGGAAAAGCCAGCCCGGGGACAGUGGCACAUACAGCUGUGUUUGUGAUGACAUAAAAACUACUGCCACCAUCAUCAUCACUGCGAUCCCGGUAACUUUCAAGCAAAAGUUGAAGAACCAGGAAGCUGUGGAGGAAGGCAGCGUGACACUGCGCUGUGAGCUUUCUAAACCAGGAGUCUCAGUAGAGUGGAGGAAAGACGCUCAACUUCUGAAGGAGGGAGAAAAAUAUCAGAUGAAGCAAGAAGGCAGGGUGACUGAGAUGCUGAUCAGACAUUUGACUCUCAGAGAUGCUGGGGAGUACAGCUGUUUUGUUGGCACUGUUGUGACUUCAGCUGACAUUAAAGUAAGAGCAAUUCCAGUGACAUUUAAACAAGAGGUGGCGAAUUUGGAGGUAAAGGAAGGGGACAGUGGCAUUUUCUGCUGUGAGCUCUCCAAACCUGGAGCUCCAGUCGACUGGAGGAAAGGCAGAGUGAUCCUCAAACCUGGAUACAAAUAUGAGAUGAAACAGGAGGGACGUUUCACUAAACUGAUCAUCAACAACAUAGAGGAGAGCGAUGCUGGGAAAUACACCUGCAAGACUGACGAUAGCCAAUCAACUGCUGAGCUAAUUGUCAAAGCUCCUCCAAUCACAUUCAAGACAAAGUUAAAGAACCAGCAGGUGGAGGAGGAGAACAGUGUGACGUUGAGAUGUGAGCUGUCUAAGCCUGGCCUUGCUGUGGAGUGGAGGAAAGGACAAGAGCUGCUGAAGAAUAAUUUCAAGUACCAGAUUAAAAAUCGAAACAGCAUCAUGGAGCUGACCAUCAAAAACACACAGCUGGAGGACAGUGGACUUUACAGCUGUAUAUAUGGUGACGUCAAGACCACAGCCAACAUCACCAUUACACCUAUCCCUCUCUCCUUUAAAAUGGGUCUGAAGAACCAGGAGGCCCCUGAAGGAGGAAACGUGAGCCUUCGCUGUGAACUGUCCAGGGCCGGCGUGCCUGUGCAGUGGUGGAAGGCCGAGGAUCAGCUCUAUCAUGGGGGAAGAUAUCAGAUGACCCUGAGAGGGAAGAUAGCUGAGAUGCACAUCAAAAACAUCCAGCCCGAGGACGUCGGGGAGUACAGCUGCAUCUUAGGGGAACAGAAGACAACUGCUGAAGUGAACGUGAGAGCCGCAGCAUCUGUGUUCUUUGAGAAGGAACUGGAAAGCCAAGCCGUGAUGGAGGGGAAGUCUGUGCUGCUGUCUUGUGAAGUUUCCAGUGCUAAUGUCCCUGUGACUUGGAAGAAGGACAACAUUGUGGUGGAAGAUGGAGGGCGAUACAUUUUAAAGAAGAAAGGCCCCACACACACCCUGGAGAUUAAAAAACUGUAUCUGGAGGAUGCUGGAGAGUACUCCUGUAUCUCCAGAGGCAAGAAGACCACUGCCAAGCUGAUUGUGAGGGCUUCCUCUUCCUCCACAGAGCGUGUGCGGAUCGUUACAGAGCUGCAAGGCAUAACGGUGACAGCGGGUGAGGACGCAGAGUUUGAGUGUGAGUUGAGCCAUGCAGACGUGAGUGAAGGGGUCUGGUGGCUUGGCUCCAGCCCUCUGCAGAAGAACGAGAUGAACCAGAUGAUGUGCCAGGGACGCCUGCACCGACUGGUCCUCACCAUGACAACACCUGAGGAGACGGGCACUGUGGCAUUUGUGAUCGGGGAGGAGAGGACCUCUGCACGUCUGCUAGUUGUUCCUAAGCCCAAGGUUUUAUUUGAAGAGAAGCCUAAAGAUGUCGUGAUCAUGGAAGGAGAGACAGCAACUUUGUCCUGCAUGACCUCAGAUUUUACCUCUCCGGUUACCUGGAGGCGCAACCACAUCCCCCUAAAAAAUGGUGAUAAAUAUGAGAUACGUAAGGAAGGAAAAGUCAACCUGUUGCUUAUCCAUGAUGUGGAUCCCCUGGACACUGGCAUAUACUCGUGUGAUACAGGGGAUGUGCAGAGCAGUGCCAAACUUACUGUAACAGAGCUCCCACCAUUCUUCCAAGAAGAAUUGCAGAGUGUGGAAGUUGAGGAGGGAGGUUCAGCUUCCCUGUACUGUGAGCUGUCUAAACUCGGAGUGCCGAUUCAAUGGAAGAAGAACCGACUGCCACUAAGAGCCAGCAGAAAGUACGAGAUGAGGCAAGAUGGUUGCUUUCUCCAGCUUCACAUCAAGGAGCUCAAGCUUGAGGACAGUGGCAGCUACUCAUGUCAAGCAGGAAGUGCAGAGACCACUGCAACUUUGUCAGUGAAAGAGCUCCCUCCAUUCUUCAAGAAAGAAUUAAGAAGUGUGGAGGCUGAGGAGGGAGGUGCAGCCUCCCUGUACUGUGAGCUGUCUCAACCUGGCGUAUCAGUGCAAUGGAAGAAGAACAGGCUGCCAUUGAGAGCCAGCAGGAAGUACGAGAUGAAACAAGAUGGCUGUCUCCUUCAGCUGCACAUCAAGGAGCUCAAACCUGAGGACAGUGGCAGCUACACAUGUCAAGCAGGAAGUGCAGAGACCACUGCAGCUGUGUCAGUGAAAGAACUCCCGGCUUUUUUCAAAGAAGAAUUGCAGAGCGUGAAGGCUGAGGAGGGAGGUUCAGCUUCUCUGUACUGUGAAUUGUCUAAGCCGGGAGUGUCAGUGCAAUGGAAAAAGAACAAGCUGCCACUGAGAGCGAACAGGAAGUAUGAGAUGAAACAAGAUGGCUGCCUCCUCCAGCUGCACAUCAAGGAGCUCAAACCUGAGGACAGUGGCACCUACACAUGUCAAGCAGGAAGUGCAGAGACCACUGCAAUUGUGUCAGUGAAAGAGCUCCCACCAUUUUUCAAAGACGAACUGCAGAAUGUGAAAGCCGAGGAAGGAGCUACAGCCUCCCUGUGCUGUGAACUGUCUAAGCCUGGAGUGUCUGUACAAUGGAGGAAGAACAAACUGCCACUGAGAGCUAACAGGAAGUAUGAAAUGAAGCAGGAUGGGUGCCUCAUCCAGCUCCACAUCAAGGAUCUCAAANNCAGUGGCAGCUACACAUGUCAAGCUGAAAAUGCAGAGACCACUGCAACUGUGGCAGUAAAAGAGCUUCCUCCAUUCUUCAUGAAAGAGUUAGUAAGUGUGGAGGCUGAGGAGGGAGCUACAGCCUCUCUGUGCUGUGAGCUGUCUAAGCCUGGAGUGUCAGUGCAAUGGAAGAAGAACAGGCUGCCACUGAGAGCCAGCAGGAAGUAUGAGAUGAAACAAGAUGGCUGCCUCCUCCAGCUCCACAUCAAGGAUCUCAAACCUGAAGACAGUGGAAGCUACACAUGUCAAGCAGGAAGUGCAGGGACCACUGCAGCUGUGACAGUAAAAGAGCUUGCACAAUUCUUCAACGAAGAAUUACAAAGUGUGAAGGCUCAGGAGGGAGCUACAGCCUCCCUGUACUGUGAGCUGUCUAAACCUGGAGUGUCUGUACAAUGGAAGAAGGACAAGCUGCCAUUGAAAGCUAAUAGGAAGUAUGAGAUGAAGCAGGAUGGCUGCCUCCUUCAGCUCCACAUCAAGGAUCUCAAACCUGAGGACAGUGGCAGCUACACAUGUCAAACAGGAACUGCAGAGACCACUGCAGCUGUGUCAGUGGAAGAGCUCCCACCAUUCUUCAAGGAAGACUUGCGAAGUGCUGAUUUUGAGGAAGGAGCAACAGUCUCUCUGUGCUGUGAGCUGUCUAAGUCUGGAGUGUCAGUGCAAUGGAAGAAGAACAAACUGCCACUGAGAGCAAACAGCAAGUAUGAGAUCAAGCAGGAUGGCUGCCUCCACCGGCUUCACAUCAAAGAGCUCAAACUUGAGGACAGUGGCAGCUACACAUGUCAAGCAGGAAGUGCAGAGACCACUGCAACUGUGUCUGUAAAAGAGCUUCCUCCAUUCUUCAAGAAAGACUUACAAAGUGUGAAGGCUGAGGAGGGAGGUACAGCCUCCCUUUGCUGUGAGCUGUCUAAACCUGGAGUGUCUGUACAAUGGAACAAGAACAAGCUGCCACUGAGAGCUAACAGGAAGUUUGAGAUGAAACAAGAUGACUGCCUCCUCCAGCUCCACAUCAAGGAUCUCAAACCUGAGGACAGUGGAAACUACACAUGUCAAGCAGGAAUGGCAGAGACCACUGCAACUGUGACAGUGAAAGAGCUCUCACCAUUCUUCAAGAAAUGCUUGGAAAGUGUGAAGGCUGAGGAGGGAGGUUCAGCCUCCCUGUACUGUGAGUUAUCUAAGCCUGGAGUGUCCAUACAAUGGAAGAAGAACAAGCUGCCACUGAGAGCUAACAGGAAGUACGAAAUGAAACAAGAUGGCUGCCUCCUCCAGCUGGACAUCAAAGAGCUCAAACCUGAAGACAGUGGCAGCUACACAUGUCAAGCAGGAAGUGCAGAGACCACUGCAACUGUGACAGUGAAAGAGCUUGCUCCAUUUUUCAACAAAGAAUUACAAAGUAUAGAAGCUGAAGAGGGAGCUACAGCCUCCCUGUGCUGUGAAGUGUCUAAGUCUGGAGUGUCCGUACAGUGGAAGAAGAACAAGCUGCCACUAAGAGCUAACAGCAAGUAUGAGAUCAAGCAGGAUGGCUGCCUCCUCCGGCUCUACAUCAAAGAGAUCAAACCUGAGGACAGUGGCAUUUACACAUGUCAAGCAGGAAGCGCAGAGACUACUGCAGCUGUGUCAGUGAAAGCACUACAACCAACUCCAAAGAUAGAGCCUCCUACAAUACUGCCUCGAGCAAAGGGCACUGUUUCCAAGCCAACUCCUACUCCAGAGAAUGAGAAGCCUGUUCCUCCAGAGCCCAAAAAGAGAGCUAAUAGGAAAGCAUCUAUUGCAAGUUUAGAAAAAGAUGUGGAGCCAAUGUUUGACCUAAAACAGUCUUUGCUGAGGGAGAAUAAUGAAGACCAAAAGGGCAUCCAACCUGCAAGGUCUAUGGAGAAAGAUGUUGCACAGAAUGUAACUCAACUGGAGGGGCACAAGGAGAAAGACACUGAGUUGUACAAGAAAGUUGACAAGACAAUGAGACCUUUGGAGAAGGACUAUGGGGUCGAUAGAGAGGCGGAAGAGCCACCAAUGCCUUUGGAAACAGAGAGAGAAGUUUUCAUGGAGACAAGACUUCAAGGAAGGGAGUUAGAGAGUCACUCAGACAGAAUUCUGGGAGACACUGUGCUUGAACAAAAGAAACAGCCACUAAUAUGUCUCAAAAAGGCACAUGAAGUUGAACAGGGGUCAAAACAACUAGGAAAGCCAUCACAGAAAAGCAGUGAAGUUGAGAGGAAGGAAACCUUUUCAGGAACAGAGCUGUGGAAAAACGGUGUGGAUGAAAAACAGCCUGUGAAACCACUAGAGAAGUUAAUGGGGAAAGAAACAAUAAAGGAACAAGUGAAGUCUACGGUAAAGGUGGGUGAAGUAGACAAAAUAGAAGAGGAACCUUUUAAACCACCAGUAAGAUAUAAAGGAAAGGUAACAGGGGGCAAGGAACCACUUAAAUAUGUUCCAAAGGAAACUGAGGAUAUCAGUAUCCAAUCAAUAAAGCCUUCUGUAAAUGAUUCUGAAGAUGACCGUAAACAGAGAGACAAUUUGAAACAGAAAGUGUCUACAGAGGACAAACAGUCACUAGAAAAAAAUGAAAAAACUUUAGAAAAAGAGGCUGAAUUCACCCCUCCAAAACCACCUAUGAGGAUAAAAAGCAAAGCAAAGGGGGCAAUGGAAAAGCAAUAUUCAAGGGACACAGAGACAGAUCAGGACGAUCAACAAACGACAAGGGUUGUGGUGAAAACAUCAGAUGCUCAGCCAAUUAAACAGUCAAUUGGGCCUUUGAAAAAAGAGGUUGAAGUGAAACCAAGAUCUGCGAGGAAACAAUCAGUAACAACAGACUCUGAGAUAGAUGAGAAAAUUAAGCAACCGGUGAAAACUGCAGAGAAGGGCGCGGACGUCAAACAGCCAAUCAAACAACCAGUGAAACCCAUGAGGAAAGAACCUGAAGUGGACCAGGAAAUGAAACUGGCGGUUGAGCCAAGGAGAAGGGAGGAAGAACAGCAAAUAAAGAUGACAGAAGACAUUCCUCUGCUCUACAUUUCUGAAGAUGAAACUUUCUCAGAGGCUUUGACUGAGAUACCAGCGACCCACAGGAAUGUCCAGUCCGCUGGUUCUUCUGUUGACCAAACCUUUACCCUUCCUCCAGUUACUGUACCCCAGAGGGCCCAACAACCAAAGGAUGCUACACCAGAGAUUGACAUCAACAUUGAGGAUGAACCACAACUGCAAGAAGCUGCAGUCAAGAUCCAAGCUGCCUUCAAAGGCUACAAAACCCGCAAAGACAUGCGGCCUGUCUUUAAAGAGGUGUUUAAGAACCAGAAUGCAGAUCUUCAUGGUACAGUCAGUCUAGUGUGCACUGUAGAGGGAAAACCCAGCACAGUGCACUGGCUAAAAAAUGGCCAACAAAUCACUAAUGACCAUCGAUUCCGUAUUCAGACUACAGAGAGUGGCGUAUGUACACUGGUAAUCAAAAACCUGACUACCAAUGACAGUGCAAUCUAUACAUGUGAGGUGGUGAAUAAGUUUGGUGUGACCUCCUACAAUGGAAACAUUACCGUAGUACAGCCUCAGAAGCCCACUCCGAUAGUCCAGAAGCCUGUACACCCACCCCUUGCAGCCAUAACUCCUUUGCAACUCGCCCAGCCAAAGCCUGAGGCCCAGGCCAAAACACAGGCUCAGAAUCUUCCUGAGGCUCAAACCCAGAUACCCACUACAGCUACACAUGCUGCAAACUAUGUAGAAAGUGUGAGUGUCUCUUUGUGGGAGGCCUACAACAUGACGGAGCAGCAGGACGCUCAGAUGAGACUGAAAGAGAGGAGAGGAUCUUCACUCAUUGCUGCCAGCUCAAUGUCGAGUCCCUCUGAUUAUGACACAGCUCCGGAUAUGAUGGAACCUGUUGAGACGGGUCCAGCUGUACCAAGGGAAGGGACAAAAGCAGCGGAGCAAGUUCCUGUAAAAGAUGAUAAGGAACAGAAAGCUCCUCCACAGCCUCCUAAAAAACUACUGAAAAUCAAAGGAGCUCAUGAAGGUAGACUGAGGACACCAUCUCCUAAACACCACCGUGCUCACACACCCUUAACUAGUACCGUCUCUGGAUCUGAAUCAGACGGAGAAGAAGAUAGACAAGAGACAUUUGAAAUGUAUGUGGCCCGAGCUGACUGCAGUCCCAUCAGUGGAAAUAGGGACAGUUUUAUUCUGAAGGAAGGCCAGUUUGUAGAGGUCCUGGAUUCUGUUCAUCCUGACAGAUGGCUGGUGAGGACCAAACCCACCAAAACCAACCCUGCUCGACAGGGAUGGAUGUGUCCAGCCUACCUGGAGAAGAAGAGAAAGGAGACCCUCCCACAAUUGAGAGUGCCUCAAGAGGAUCUUGAUGGAAUUGGGUCCACAGGAGAAGAGUACAGGAGAGCUCUGAGCCAACUGAUCCAAGGCCUGAUUGAUGGAGAAGAGGAGUUUGUAAAGGAGAUGAAGAUGUUCACCUCUCACCAACUAAAUUAUCUGGACUCCAGCCGCCACGUCCCCAUUAACAUCCUCAACCAAAAAGAGAUAAUUUUUAGGAAUAUCAAGGACAUUGUGUUUUUACAUGAGAGGUCCCUCCUUCCCGGUCUGAGAGAGUGUGCCACAGACGACGAUGUGGCCAUGCAUCUGAUCAAGCACAAUGAGGACUUUGAGAAGUAUCUUCACUACAUGGUUGGACAAGCACAAGCAGAGGCCUGCCUUAACGACAAGACUAUCCAACAGUAUUUCAAGGAGUUAACAGAAUCUGGUAAGCCUGAGGCUCCUGUCAUGGAUGUCCUUACCUUCCUCCAGCGACCAGUGGAGAGGAUUCAAACCUACCAGGCUUUACUGAAGGAGCUAAUCAAGAACAAAGCCAAAAGUGGCCAGAGCUGCUGUCUCUUGGAGGAUGCCUUCUCCAUGGUGUCCUGUCUACCAUGGAGGUCUGACAACAUGCACCAGGUGUCCCUUAUUGAGAACUACCCAGCUCCUCUAACUGCACUGGGCGAGCCUGUGCGACAGGGAGUCUUCACGGUGUGGGAGGAAACUCCAGAAAGUAAGACGUCCUCUAGAGGGCAUCAGAGACAAGUCUUUCUCUUCAAGGAAUGCAUUGUACUGUGUAAACUAAAAAGAGACACCAGUAUGAACAGUGACACCUACACAUUCAAGAACAAAAUGAAGCUGAAUGAUGUGGAAAUAAAGGAGACUGUGGGUGGAGAUGAAAAGUCUUGGGGGUUGUGGCACGAGCACAGGGGUUCAUUGCGGAGGUACACACUGCAGGGCCGCUCCUCCCUGGGUAAACUCUCAUGGCUGAAGGACCUGAAGGAGCUACAGCAAAAGUCCAGCCUGCCAACUAACAGCCCACCAGUGUUUGAGUCACUGCUGUCUGACUGCACAACAAAGAUAGGACAGACAAUCAAACUGACCUGUAAAGUCACAGGAUUGCCAAAACCAGUGAUCAGCUGGCUCAAAGAUGGCCUUCCUUUAGAGGAUGACCCCCGUCACAUCAUCACAGCAGACCGUUCAGGCACCUGCAGUCUCAUUCUGGAUAGUCUCACUGCGGAGGACUCUGGACAGUAUGCCUGCUAUGCUAACAGCUCCAUGGGCAGUGCUGGCACUCUGGCUAAGGUUGCGGUGCAGGCUCCACCCAGAUUUGUGUGUCGGUUAGAGAGUGCUUGUCUGAUAGAAGGAGAAGAUAUACAGUUUACCUGCUCCACACUGACUACUCCUUUACCACGAAUCAGGUGGUUAAAAGAUGGCAGAGAGUUAACUGACCAGCAAAAGUACUCCAUUCUGAAUGAUGCUCGGAGUGGGAUCUUGUGUCUGACGGUCAUCAGUGCAACCGAGGCAGAUAUCGGACAGUAUGAGUGUGAGCUCUGGAAUGAGUUUGGCUGUGUCAAGUGCAAGGCAGGGCUGUGCCCCGCUUAUGUACCCCCGAUUGAGAUCGAGAACGACCAACCACAGGACUUACCUCCUAAAGGUAGGAUGGCCAGACCUGCCGAAGGUAAAUAUCCUUCACACACAAUGGAAACCCUCAAUAGGGUUUUCAUGUGGACAAUUUCACUAGUUCAGCUGUGUUUGAGAAGGGAUGAAGCACAUGCCAUUGUCCAGUUUACUUUAAGUUCACCUCACCUUCUUAAAAUAUAUGAAAAAUACAUAAUUUAUUUCAAGUGUCUAAACCAUAAAUUCCUGCUCAGUGGCAUUUUGGGUUUUAUAGAUGCAGACUCAGAGGGUUGGUCCACUGCCUUUGUGAAGAAAUGGUUGCAGACUGAUUUCAGCCCCACUUCUAUUGCAAAGAUGCUCUUCCCUCCCGGACAUCCGGAACAAGCUGAGUGCAGUACUGAAGAGGCUGUUCCUGCCUCCACAUCCAUGGGUCAGGCAGUACAGCAGCCUCUGCGUUACCUAGAGGACGAAGAGGAAGAGAUCUACAUCUCAGAGUCAAUGCAGGAAAUUACAGAUGCUCCUCCCUCCAUCCAGGUACCUGCUGAGGACCUGUGUGUCGAGCCUGGCCAACCAGCUACAUUUACUGCCAUUAUCACAGGAAGACCUACUCCUAAGAUACAGUGGUACAAGGAUGGAGAGCUGCUUGCAGCCAGUGAGAAUGUGGAGAUGAUACAGCAUGGUGCCCGCUGCUCAGCAACCAUAGUGUGCCCUGAGGGUGAGGACAGUGGCAUAUACAUCUGCUUCGCCUACAAUGACUCUGGCCAUGCUUCGUGUCAGGCUCAGCUGACAGUGGAUGAAGGUCCACUGGAGCGGCAGGAGAGAGAGGUGGAACUGGGGAAGAGAAGGAAGUUAUUCUCUGUCUAUGAUGUCCAUGAAGAAAUUGGAAGGGGAACCUUUGGGGUUGUGAAGCGUGUAGUCCACAGAAGGACAGGUGAAGUGUUUGCUGCCAAGUUUCUGCCUUUGCGGAGCAGCACUCGGACCAGGGCCUUCCAGGAGAGGGACUUGCUAUCCCGUCUGGCUCACCCCAGAGUGGCCUGUCUGCUGGACUUCUUUUGCACCAGACGCACUCUGGUGCUGAUCACAGAAAUGUGCUGUGCUCAUGGACUUCUGGACCAUUUAUUACUGAAAGGAUCAGUCACAGAGAGAGAGGUUCAGUCAUACAUCCAGCAAAUCCUUGAAGGAGUUGGUCACAUUCACAGCAUGAACAUUUUACAUCUGGACAUUAAACCUGAUAAUAUCCUAAUGGUGUAUCCACCCCGAGAUGAGAUCAAGAUCUGUGACUUUGGCUUCUGCCAAGAAAUAGACGCCUCCAGACACCAAUACAGUAUGAUUGGUACCCCAGAGUUUGUUGCCCCUGAAAUUGUUCACCUAGAGCCAGUAACUGUGGCCACUGAUAUUUGGUCUGUAGGUGUUAUAGCCUACAUAUGUCUGGUGUGCCGAUGCCCUUUUGCGGGUGAAACGGACCGUGCUACUCUGCUUAGGGUGGGGGAGGGCACCCUGAACUGGGAUGCCCCUGAUGUCACGUACAGGAGCCCGGAGGCCCAGAACUUUCUCCACAUGCUCCUUCAGCCAGAUCCAGAGAAACGACCAUCUGCGUUUGAGUGCUUAAGCCACGAAUGGCUUCAGGAUGCACAUGCAGGAGAAGACACAGAUGAAAUAAACACAAGGAGUUUGAAAGCCUUCAUCUCAAAAAGGAAAUGGCAGCGUUCUUUGACUUGUAUUGGGUCAGUUCUCACGUUGAGGCCCCUACCUGAGCUGCUGGACGCUCCUCUCAGAGACACUGCAGUGACAGUACCCCGCGAGCCCCGGGAACACAGCAGCACCUCUAUGAGCAGUGGCUCCUCAUCUGAGUAUGAUGAAGCUGACUCUUGGGACUUUUUCCAGCACUGCAGUCAGACUGAAGAGGAGGAAGAAACCGAGGAGGACUACGAUCCUUUAAUGGAGAGAGCACAGAUCCCCGAGCCUUUUGCCAAACUCCACCUAGAUGCAGAGGAGGAAGAGGAAGUGACAUUAGGGGAGGAAGAGGAUGGGGAGAUGCUAGGAAGGAGGAGUGUGCUAGAGCGGAGUCUAAGCAGGCAGUCAGUCGCAUCAUCAGAUAUGUCGUGCCAACAGACACCUCAGAGGGAGCGUAGGUUCAGCAAGGACAGUAGUCCAUCUCUCUACCUAUCUGAUGGGGAUGAGGGUUCGGGAAGUGAUGGAGGUCGUAUCCCUCGAGGUAGCGUCAUUCGGAGCACUUUCUACAGCACCUCCCAUCAGCUGUCACCCAUGUCUGCCAGACACAUGACAUUACGGGACAAAUUCCAGGCCAAAAAGCAGGAGAGAGGCCGUAAACCACUCCGGAGAAGCUUUUCAGGACGUCUCAACGAGCCUCUUAUUGAAUAUGUGGAGGAUGAGACAGAGAACAAUCGUGGCCAGAGACGGGGAUCUGUCCAGCCUACCAUGCAGAAGUCCUGUUCCUUCGACAGUGGUGUUGGCCUCGCCCACACCAAUGUACCCCCUCACAGGAGGAGCAGGUCUCUUGAUGAGUAUUCUCGUCGAUCUCCCAGCUCACCCAAACGCACAAAGUCAGGUGAAGAAGAAGGCUCUCAAAGUCUGAAGGAAGAUUUCACAGAUGAUGAAGUGACGGGGAGAAACUCACUGGCCAUCCCGACCCCUCGGCGACCCACAAGGAGAAGAGGCUCUGUCGCUCCAAUACAAGGGGCCUGCAUGCUGGGUGGAUCAUCUGUUCCCUCAAGCCUCCUUGCUGGAGACAGAAUGGGGCUGGAUCGGGAGCAGACACACGGCAACACAUUGGCUGGCUCCCAGGGUUCUCUGGCCGAAUCGUCUAUUUUGGGGCAUGGUGGCUCAGACUCUUCAAGUAGACUCGGCUCCUGUGAGGAGCUGACUCGGGGUCAUCUCAGAAGAAGAUCAGGAGAGAGUGAAGGGUAUGAUGAUCAGGGGGAACCUCUGAUUUCACCAUCCCCAUGUUCUUUCCACGAAGUGAAACCCAGAAGCUCGUUUCCCCAGGCACCGCCACGUAACCGUACCCGCUCCAACCUCAACUUAUCUGGCAGAGGUCAGCCUGGGACUCCAUUAACAGCGAGCCCCAGUCCCAGCCUCUCUUCUCUUCAGGCUCCAGAGAGGCCACCCAGGGCCAGGGACAAGAAGGAGGGCUAUGGCCUACAGAGGCAUGCAUCUGCUCCAGCCCUCGAAGCCCGGCCACCUACGGGAAAGUCACCCAAGCUGGGACUGCUGAAGAUCUUCCGCAGGCAGUCCUGGACUGGCCAUUCGUACUCCCAGCUGGAGAACGCAGAGUUAGGACCCACGCUAGGAGAAAUCAUGAAGCCAGAUACGCCCACCAUGUCUCUGAGGAAGAAAAUGAGAGCUUCAGCCUCCAGCUUGACCAAACUGUUUUCCAGGUCUUCUAGUAAGGAGGAUGUCAGUAAAGGAGGACCAAUAGUAAAAGGAUCAGCUCCCAUCCCACCUGAAAGAGAGUGUAGCACUGGUCUUGAGAGUCCAAAAAAGAGAACAUCCAAACUCUUGCCUUCUUUUAAAAUACCCGCAUUCAAGAAGACAAAAGAUGUGUCAGUCCGACCCAACAAGGCUGAAGUGCUCCAGUUAGAGGGAGGUGGAGUCCUACUGGUUUGGAGACCAGUCCAGUCUAGUGACCCUGUCACCUACUGUGUGCAGUAUUGUACAGAUGGUGGGCAAUGGACGGUCCUGUCAGAGGAGGUGACAGACAGCUGCUAUGUGGUGAAGGAUUUACCCAGAGGAGCUUCUUAUGUGUUCAGGGUGGGCUGCAUCACCAAGACAGGAGCAGGACCUUUCAGUGAAGCAUCAGCACCUGUUGUUAUGGCUACUCAUCCUGAAGAGACUCACAUUCCUCUCAUCCAGACUAAGUCACUGGGGUCAAAGGUCAUUGGGUCUGAACAACAGACAACACAGAACAAGUACAGUUUCCUCUCUGAGAUCAACAGGGGUCGUUUCAGUGUAAUAACCCUGUGCAGGGAUGUCGAGACCAGCCAAGUGUUUGCUGCCAAGAUCACCCCUUACCAGGCACAGCAGAGACAGUUAGUGCUGAGGGAAUACCAACUGCUGAGGAGGCUUCAUCAUACCCACCUGGUGCAGCUGCACACUGCCUACAUCACCACCUGCUACCUGGUGUUAGUGGAGGAGCUCUGUCCGGGCAAGGAGCUGCUCUACAGUCUAGCAGUGAGAGAUCUGUAUGCAGAGACUCAUGUCGCAGAGCUGCUGGUUCAGAUUCUGAGUGCAGUCGACUACCUUCACAGCCGUCGGGUCAUCCACCUGGACCUGAAGUCUGACAACAUGCUGGUGGAUGACUGUAACCACCUGAAGCUAGUUGACCUGGGCUCGGCUCAGUCCUUCACACCCGGUCAACCUCUCAACAUCGAGCACAUCCAUGGCCUGUCGGAGAGCAAAGACUGCCGCAGCAAAGUUUAUAUUGUGCUUCCUAAAGCUCCGGAAAUCCUGGAAGGUCAGGGUGUCGGGCCUGAGACUGACGUCUGGGCUAUUGGAGUUGUCUUAUUCAUCAUGCUGAGUGCCGACAGCCCGUUCCACGCAGAGCUCAGCUGGGAGCAAGACAGAAACAUCAAAAAAGGGAAGAUUCAGUUUGGACGCUGUUACCCCGGUCUGUCAGAGGGAGCCUUAAACUUCAUGAAGAGCAGCCUGAAUAAUAAAUCCUGGGGGAGACCCACUGCUGCCGAGUGUCUCCAGAACCCAUGGCUGCGUGCCAAUCGUGCCCCACACAAAGGCCGACACUCCAAAGUGUGUUUCUCCACAGACAAGCUUAAAGAAUACCUUAAGCAGAAGGAGGAGAAACGAGACCAGGUCCGCACCAAGCUUCAAGGUCCCUUCUUCCAGUAAGGCAACACUGUAGGGGGUUUCUUCCACCAACUUUGCAGCCUUAUAACCAGCACAUUUAAUUUCAGCUGAAUGUUUCCUGUGUGGCUCUUUUCUGGCUAGCUGGAGCCAGGUCAGAUUUUUAAAUCAUUUUAGAAUCCAUCGAUUUUGAAAAUGUGAUGCGUCUUAAUGAGUUUUCACAGUGUUUCAAAGCGUAUUUAUCUGUUUGUAUAUGUGAGUGUGCUGCAUUUGUUGCGCUUUGGUUUAAAUGGAAACAUAUCAGGGAUUAGGUUUAGUCUACGAGUUGUAAAAGAGAAACUGUUGCUUUGCACCUCAGUAUCAGACAGACACACGUUUGGCCUUAAAGUGAAAACUGUUAGAGCAGAUAUUUUUCUGAGUGAUAUAUUUUAUUUUCAAAUGCACACGUUUUGCCUUGAAGAUGCAAUGUAUAAAUGGGAACUCGGUUGGAUUUACAGUUUUUAUUAGAUGCUUUUAAGUUUCAUAAUACUUAAUACUUAUAUUAUGAGUUAGUGAAUGAAAAAUUAAUUAAAUGGCACAAAAGUGGUCAGUCAUUGUC